AUGACAGAAUUUAUUGGUUCUCGUAUUAGUCUGAUUAGUAAAUCAGACAUUCGAUAUGUGGGUAUCUUGCAAGAUAUCAACUCUCAAGAUUCUACUCUUGCUUUAAAGCACGUUCGAUGGUGUGGUACGGAAGGCAGGAAACAAGAUCCAUCUCAGGAAAUUCCACCGUCCGAGAACGUGUUUGAUUACAUCGUCUUUCGUGGAAGCGAUGUGAAAGAUUUACGCAUAGAGGAGCCAGCCAGCACUCCGGCGCCUCCUCCUGUUCAGCCUCCCAAUGAUCCUGCUAUCGUAGGGUCAAAUAGUGGUCAGUUUGGCUGGAACCAACCUGGUGCCGGUCCAAAUGGUCAGCCAAUGCCGCCUAAUCCUUACUACAACAUGUACGGACCAAAGAAUGGUGCUCCAUACAACCCUAUGCCUGGUGCUUCUCCUUAUUAUAUGUAUGCAAAUGCAGGAGGAGCUCCUUAUGCUCCCUCGGGUGCUGCUCCUUUGGGAACUCCAAUGGACGCUUCUACUCCUGCUGUACCCUACCAUAAUGGUCCCGUAGAUCAGCAGCAAGCUUCCACUCGCCCAGAUAUGCCUCCACCUGGUGUCUCUCAGCUCCUUCCUGGCCAAUCUCCUUUCAUGUCCAGACCAGGAUUUGAUGUCCCGAGCCAGAAACCCAUGACUCCAAACCUUCCUAAUGCUGGUGCAUCUAUUGCGAAUAUACCUCCUACACAAGUUUCCGCUGCUCCUAUUCCUUCUCCUUCUGUUAAUCCUUUAGGAUCUGGAAGUGCUACAACAAUUACCUCCAACCAGCUUAACAAUGAAGGUGAUAGAUCGAUCAAGUCAGUUUCAGCAAGCAGCGAACGCUUCACUGAUGCCGGAGACGCCGUCCAAUCAUCUCAUCCAGUGACUGCCUCUGUCAGUGUUCCUAGAAACGAAAGAGGUGAAUUUGAUUUCCAAUCUGCUAAUGAAAAAUUCCAAACUUUAAAGAGUGAGCUUGAAAAUGAAGAAGAUCAAAUCCAUCAAGACUUUUACAAACCGAGACAAUCUUUCUUUGAUGAUAUUAGCUGUGAAAGCAAGGAGAAAAGUAUAGAAGCUUUAGACCGUCGCUCUUUACGCGACCGUGAACGCAACUUAAAUUUGGAGACGUUUGGAGUCGCUUCUAGCGGAGGUCGAGGACGCCGUGGUCGAGGUCGCGGUCGCGGUCGUGGUCGUGGUCGUGGAGGAUACUCAAGAGGUUAUUAUCAAAGAUACAACGGGGCAAAUUAUGCUCCUAAUGCCCAACAAUAA